GUCCAUGUCACAUGCAGCAAGUUAAGCCAGCUGGAAACGACAAAGUCUACUCACCUUGGGGUGGUAAAGUGGAAAGUGAGCAUCUUCACCGUAGUGUUUCAUUUUGAGCUACUUUCGUCGCCCAGAGGAUAAAAGUACAUAACGUGAACUUUUCAUCCAACUCUUGGUAAGAGCGAGCAACGCAAUGUUACUGCUGUUUUUCCUAACUUGCUUAUACUUAAACAUUCAAACUAAAAUUGAAAAGCCUCAAAAGGCACAUCAAUACCCGACUCUUUGAAGUAGGAAAAUAUAACGAUAACCCAACAGUGUGUUAGCGAUACACGUGCCUCGUGCUCAGAAAUACUUGGGGGGGCUUUUGGAAACUAGAUUGCUCGACGAAAAGCUAACAAAACAAAUAACCAGACAACAACAGUAAUAAAAUAUUUAGACGCCUACAUAAAGAGGUUCCUGCGUGAGGUUUUGGGGUUGUAGGUAAAAGUUAAGUCUCAAUAUUCGACGAUAUACGCCAAGUCUACAAAUUGUACGUUAGCUUAAUUGUAGUUGUGCUGAGCACUGGUUGCCCUUAGCAACAGAACGCCGUAAUGACAGACAGCCGGUAGAAGCUCGAAGAAAAAUUGGAAAAGAUUUCACUGUUAAGGGAAAUAUAGCCAACAAAGUAAGGAUUGUUACAUACAUACCUACACUGAAGUUAAAAUACUCAAAUGAAUACACAUAACUUUUGGUGGAAAAAUAUGGGACACUGUCUGCAUGUUGAAAUAUUGUGGAAGGGAAAAAGGUCAGACACUCACAAAGCAGACACAUGUACAGAAGCAGGAGCUACUGUGCCAAGGGAAAAAUUGUGUCAUCCCUUUGUUGAACAUGUUCCAGGGUGCUUGGAUGCAGCGUCAGGGUUUUUUCCUGUAUGUGUAGCAAACAUUUGAUUGCAGAAUUGAGAACUGUGAGCUUUACAGUUAGCCAAAAUGAGAUGCAAAGCGAACGAAACAUAGGUUACAUGACAACACUGCACUACAAUGAAUACAUUGUGAAUUUGAUGUUCUAUAAGGCUGCUCCCUACCAUGUUUGAAUAUUGCUCUAUAUCAUAAAUGCAUCUAUUCUUGCAUUAUUUUGUUGGUAUUACUCUAGAGCCUAUGUAAAUGCAUGAAAAAGCACUGUGAGGCACCCAGUGUUCAGCACACUGCAAGUCAGUGAGGCCAUUGAAAGGGAAGAAAUCUCUCUAAGUCUGUGUUUGCAAUCUUGACAUCAAGCUGUGUUACUGUCAGUCAUGAGUCGACUAUAUUAAAUCACAUCUUAUGGCAGAGAUGCAGAUUGAGGUCCAGAUCACCACGGCGUGCCUGCUUCUUUCUGCUGGGCUGUACAGAUAGAAGUGACUCAUCCACAGCUCUACAGGGCCGGCUUCUGCCUGAGGCCAGAGAUGUCAUAUGCUGUAGUAGGCCACGUGUAUGAGGAAUACUCUGUGUGUGUAAAAAAGAGGAUAGAAAAAAUGCUAUUCUGGAUAAACAGAGAAACAUCAGAAAUUGUCAUAAUUGUUCAGAUUUUAUUUUAUUUUUAUUUUUUAGCAGAACUAUUAUGGGUUUACAUUAUAGUUCAAGCUUUUGUGUUUACAAUAUUAAGGCAAGUGCACAUGCGUACAAAGUUUCUGUGGAUAUAACAAUGAACAUAAUUUAUCCUGUAGCAUGUCUUUAUGUUUUUUAAAGUGGGGGAUGUUAAGGUUGUCUUCAGUGAAAACUCAUUGUGAUAUGUAAAGACAAAUAUAGAUCUCUGGAGACCUCUACUGGCAAAUUAAAGCACAGAUGCACAAAACCUUUAAAGCAGUAUAAUGUCCAUAUCACAAGACCUGGUUAUGUAUUUUGGAUUUGGAUUUAUCUAAAGUAGUUUGUUUUGUGUGUGUGCACAUUAUGCCAUGUUGUUUGAAAAUGCUUACAAAUAUGACUUUAGGCUUUCAUAUGUCUUUGUAUGGUUUAAGUGCUCCGCAGUGAGCUAUAAAUGGUGCUGACACAGAACCUUCCUCAAUUAACAGUCAGCAUAAGGGAGACAGAGAUAACACAGAGCAUGGUUUGAAAGGCCACGGGCAAUUGUGUACUUAGUUUUUAAAGGGGCUCGUAAAACACAUCUUAGUUAAAUAAGAUGUUUAUUCUAGAUUGAUAGACAUUUAUGGUCAUGAAUAAUGAUUUAAUUGAAGAACUUCUAUGUGAGUGCAAUUCGUGUACUUACUGUUUGUUUUUUUUUUCUGAUUGUUUAAUGAGAGUGAUUUGUUCGUGAUGAGAGUUGAUUGGUGUGUUUGUUUCUGUAUGCCACAGGUGUCAAACUCAAGGCCCGGGGGCCAAAUCUGGCCCGUGGAACAAGUAUAUUUGACCCACGAGAUCAUAUCAUAUUUGUAUUAUUAUUGGCCCACCAGUAUGAGGUCUGCAGAUUUCCUCCAGGAUGAUAAUGUAAACUUUAGCACCAUUAUUUAAAAUACCCUUAAUAAACCAUGAAAAUCUGGGAAAGUAAAGCGUAAGGAAGACUUGAAAAAAUUGUGUGCUAUCUAUAUUUCCAAUUUUGCAUCUCAAGAUUACAAGUCAAACAUGAUUUGGCUUUUUAUUUUGUGCUUUGAUUUUUUUCAACUCAGUAUUUAGAUUUCAUUUUAAUCCUUUAGAUUCCAAUUUUAUUUUAUUUUUUAUUUUCAACUUUCUCCUCAUGUUUUUGCUCUUUAGAAGCAUUAUUUUUCUAUUUUUAAUAUCGUGUUCUGAUCUUUUGAACUGAUCUAUUGGAUAUAUUUUUUAAAAUCUCAGAUUGCCUAUAAAUUUAUCUUUUUUACUUUCUGAAUUUCCAAGUGGUUUAUAAUCAUUGCUGAUUUUGUUAUAUAUUUUGGAAAGUUUGGGUUAAAUGUUGACCCUGUUGGGCCCUCAAGUUAGACAUAAAUCCAGAUUAUGGCCCUCGCUGUGGUUGAGUUUGACACCCCUGCUGUAUGCAGUCACACUGAGAUUCUUUGGCCUCUGGAGGGCACUAACACAAGGCGUUUUAAGCCUUUUCACCUUAUAAAGUUGUCAGUGUGGCUUAUUUACACAUUCAGUGAAGAUAGAAUACUAUUAAUCUGAAGCUGUGUUUGUGUUUCUCUCAGAGAAUGUUAGAUCCCCCAACUUCUAAAGAAUAUAAUCACUAAUAAUGAAGCCGGGAAUGCUAAACGAUAUCAGCUUCAAUGGCAUAGCUAUACUUUGGAUGUUAACUGAUACAGUGGUGGAGGACAACAAGUUCUUGAGAGCAUUAGAGAAGAAAAGGCAUGUAACUGAAGAAAACAUAAAAAAUGAGGAAAUAAAUUAAGAUCGGAAGAAAGCAAAAUCAAAGAGUGGCUUUAGAGAUGUGCAUUGUCAAUAAUGAAAGUCAUUUGGUGUCAAAGAUGAAGAGACUGAAAUGACACGCUCAUUAGAUUAGAUUAAACCUGACUUUAUUUAACCUUUGUGAGGGUUCCCUCAAGAAAGUUAAAUCAUACUUUUAAGACAAGCAGUUGGACUUUUUUCUCUCAACAUUUAUAAAGCAAUAAAUAUGAAACCCUGGAGAGGUGCUCCGGUGAAUAGUACCUCGAAUUGUGUUUGAGUUUUUGCAAAAAGACAGGCCGAAAAACCUAGGCAGAAUGAUGUGACAGGGUCUGUAUGUUUCUGGCAGAAAUUCUUUACUGCACACUUCCCAUAAAUCAUCUUGAAAGGUCUUAUGUUGGACCCUGUCUGCAUACAAAUGUCCCUGUCUGUCAAACUCAGACAUAAUAAAGCUCUUUUCAGAGCUUUAGCACCUUUGUUUUAUUCACAGGAUGAGUACACUUCAGAAGUGUGAGCUUGAAUCUUUUGUGUGGAAUCCUACAGGUGGGAUGACCCCGGUGUGAGUGAUUGGAAGAGGAAGGUCAGUGAAUCUGUAAAUGUGGUGUAUAUUUUAAAAGUGAGGUGCCAACAAAAGAUAGAAUUAACCUUUUGAGGAGGUGGUCUGAGGUGACAAUAGACAUUUACUAGGUGUAGCCUUUUGCUGGAGUGUCCACAGGCAGAAUACUACUUACUUGUUACUCAUGCAAGUAUUGCCCUUUUGGAGGACUUUUUUUCUUCAGAUGAAAAUGUUUUUGCAAAAGUCUUUAUUCAGAAACUCCAUGGACAUUUCAGGUGUUCACUGCAGACAUUAACCUGGGUAAAUGGGGUCUCACUAAGUGGAGACGGAAAGCAGUUCUCCGUUGCAGUUCCCAUCAGGCUAAUGAAGCAGACACAUUUUAAUAUCAAAUCCUGCCAGGUGCAGCUUCACCAUAUCUCCUGCCGUGCUCAGCAGAGGGCUCCAGUUAAUCUGAAUGCACAAUAGACCUAUCAAACUCACCUGAUCAUCCAUCUUUACAGCCAAAGAAUCCUUCUCAGUUUUUAUGGCAUAUGCUUUAAAUGCUAUCUUUCUGUACAUUUUUAUUGCUUAAAAGCUGUCAGUGGUCCUCAAGAAAGGAUUUGAGAUAUUUAAGGAGAGCUGAUGAAACGAUCAGGAGCUUUUUUAGUUGUAUUUAUGCCUUUCAAAAUAAAAAUAAAAUCUAAUUAAAGUAGUGGGUUGAUACAGUCAGUGUCAGAGAAAGCUGUAAUAGAAGCAGAAACAAUCAGGAGGAGUUUCAUUGUUGAUGCACAGAUGAGCAUCACUGUUUUCAAAAUACUACUGCAUCCGAUGACCCCAGUUUCUGAGCGCAAAAAGCAAACAAUCAAAUGUGUGAGUCAUACUUGAGUCUGCGUGACAAUAUGUGAAAUACAAGACAAUUAUUCCAGAGAGCUUGAGGUGUGAGAGCUAAUUUACAUUUCAAGUAACUGUGGUUGUAUUCUUCAUGCCUGCCCCCCUUGCUGUGAAGUUGUUUGGAUCUGCGACAAAGGGCUCAGCACUGUCAGUGAAGGAAAUUGAGCUGUUUCGCCAGAUAUGACUUAAUAACUGUCAAGUACGUUUUCUCCAUACUUGAGAUUAAAUUGGAGCUUGGACAUGCGUGUAACUUUACGAGGACUCUUCUAAUCCCUCAUUAAAUAGAGAGAGAGUCUGUACCAAGCAAGAAAACACACUCAUUUCUCAUCCUCAGUUUGUUUAUCAGGGUUGUGCAGACAUAUGUUGGCAUGCCUUUUAGUUGUAUUACAAGAGGGUGUGAUUGUAUUGGAGGAGGUGACAGCCCUCCUGUGGUUUCAUUUUAGUUGAUUUAUGUGGUGUUUGGAUUGAGGUAGCUAUUUUAAGUCCUCUGUGUAAAGGACAAGACAAGAGUUGACAAACAAAGGUAGUGGCUAAUAGUUAUCUGAUGCUCAGCACUGUCUCUCCAUAUUCAAAUACACUUAAUAAAGUUAUGUUUAUAUUAUAUAUUAUAUAUUAUAUUCAUCAUAUUUCAAAAGUGUCUAGUUGGUGCAGCGCCACUUGGAGGAGCCACUGCUAUGUUUCUGCUAUUGCUGCGACUGCAACUUCUUUCCCAUUCAUUUACUCCUUCCUCCAACAGCCUAUCUUACUUCAAAAGUGGUUCAGCAGUGAUCUUUUAGCCGUGAUCAGUGAACCAAAUACAAUUACUAAAUCAAUAGGAUAAUAAUUUGCGCUGCCAUCCUCUGAUAAAUGAGGGAACUCUGUGAAGUGGAAAAGUCCUCUUCAGUCAAUGGCUGGGAAAUGAGACUGAUUUGCUGGUACAUGGGGAGCUUUUAGUGAGCAUUCAACAAGUGUCAUUGCCUAUUUACUUUGAAAACACUGCAGUGGAGCAUAUAAUGCAGAGUAAUUUAUUCUAAUAGGAGUCAACUAAGAUGUAGCUUUGGUUGUUUACUUAUUGAUUGCUUUAAUUCUUUGUUUACCAUCUAAGUUGCUUAUCAAUGUCAAUAAUGAUGCUCCUGUAGCUUUUCUGCAAAAAAUUAGCUCGACAAACUGAACACAAAAGGUGCUCGAUUAAAAGGUUUUUGCAGAUCUGCCUACAAAGAGAAUAAAAGUGGCCGACUAUUUCAAAACAGCCUCAGUGCCUGCUUGUCUCAGCUGAUUGAGCGUCCACAAUAAAAGCCUGAGAUACUUUUUGAGCGAUUAUUCAAUAAGAAGCUGUGGGGGCUCAACAAAAAAGAAAAGAGCCGUUUCACACAGCGACUGAAAUUUAGAGCACAUCAGACAGCCAUGACCUUCUACCACCGGGUGAAGAGAAGUCAUAGCUUAGCUCACUUUUUUCCCGAUUUUUUUUGCUUUUAGCUCACUCGCUUGCUGUGAUCACACAGGAUAAACUGUCAUUCCUCUCCUAAAGAUGGCAGGAAGUUAAUUGAAAAAGCAAGCACAGGAUGUAUCAACGCAACAGAGAGAGAAACAGCAUCUGCAGAGGGGGAAGGUUUUUUUUUAUUGCAUACAUAGUGUUUCUGGAGCUUUCUCUCUCUCUGGUAGGGAAUCUGUAGGUCUAAUCACACCUUGUGUCACUACUUCUUGAGCCCAGACUGAAAUCAACCCCCUGUGGUUGAACUGCAGGUACACAUCCAGCCACACAGAGCUGUCACACAAACCCAGACACAAACAAGAGCUUCCUGUCUAAAAUAUAAAGAAAAAGAUCUGUUGUUUUUUUCUCUACAAAUAUUUCAUCAACUUAGAGUAUGCAAAUUCUUGUUUUGGUGUCUUCAUAUGAAAGCGGAGCGAGUCAUGUGAACAGUACUUCACUCCGAAAAUGUGUUUCUGUCACAGGGAUUUCAAACAAGGGUGACAGCAAAGAUUUGAUUAGGAUUGGAGCCAUUUUUCUUUACUUUGAGAGGAGACUUUGCAUAUGAAAACACCCUUUAGGAGUCUUUCAUGUAUCAAGGUCAAAAGUAAUGUUUAGCUCAAGAUCAAGAGUGCAAUGUUGUUUAUCAGUGCUUUUGUCCCCUGUGUGCUUCGUAUCUGUGCCGUGCCUCCCGCUGAUUCAGUUUUUCUAAAUUAGCCUUGUGCUUUCAGGGCUGCAAUCUGCAUUAUUUUCGGAGAAUCAUCAUAUCCGGGCUCAAGGCCUACCCUGAGGAAAGAGAGAGAGAGAGAGAGGGAAAGAGAGAUUGAGAGACAGGAGAAAAGGAGAGUUUAUUUCAGUCAUUUCAACAGCUGCUUCUGUUUAAUUCAAGCCCUGCUAGACCUUUAGCAAGCUCAGAGCUGUCAGGGAUAAUUUGCAAAGUUUAUCAUGUCACUGCAAAUUUAUAUAAGUGGCAGCUAAUGACAAAACUAUGUGCACUGACACAGGGAGGUCUUGACGGAUGCAAAAUGUCAACUGUACUGUCACAUUUCAGAAAGUUUGUACCAUGCUGUCUGAUAAUUAGAGUUUCUCAACAUAGUCAGGAUGUGCAGAGCUGCCAUGUACGACCAACUGAGCAGCACAAUUGACUGAAAUAGCUGCAUACUGCUUCACAACUCGAGACAAAUUUCAAAUAAUUGACUGGGUUUUCCAGACAGGUAUUAGUACAAUAGACCUGUGACUAUAAUGGGUGUUUAUAGUGCAGCCUUGCCAGGGUUUUACAGCCUUGCAUACAUACAUUUUUAAAAUGUCUAAUGACUACAAAAGGAAUGGAAAAUGUACAAUUUGAAGAUUAAUGGCAGACUGCAGAUUUACCCGCCUCGUGCUGUGCAAUUGAUUUGUGUGCAAAAGCUCUAAUUUAAGAGCUCUUGAGUUGUUUUUGACAGUUAGCACUGGAAGGAAGGGCUGAAAUGAGCAAUAGGUCAAGGCUGUGGUUUUCCUUGAGGUUAUGCAAUGCUCUGUGCGUUUAUCUGCCUUUUAUACGUCAUGCCAUAACACCUCUUACACUUCUUUCCUGUAGCUCUUCUCCACUCUUCUCCGCUCCUACUGUACUGAACCCAGGUGUGGUUUACUUACGUGAGAUAAGUACUGUCAAUCCAAAUAUAUAUACAUUGUUUUGCUGUUGUAAUUUUGAUGCACCUCUCCCUCUUACCUUACCAACAACUAGGAGAGAGAAACAACAACAACAACAAAAAAAAACCCAGAGUAAAUGAUUUCAGAAAACUAAUUUGUUUAAACCAUAGACUGUAUAUAGAAUGGACGCCGUCUGCCUCCUCGCUGGGUGAAGCCACCGCGAGAACAGCACCCUCUGGUGACGGGCAGCAGUAUAGGUCAUAAAUCCCGCCUCCUCCAGCAAUCCCUAUGGAGCUGUGGACAAACUUUAGAAAUUUAUUACACAGAAUAUACAUUUUUCUCCCCCCUGCUUGCGAUGUUGGCAUGUAGUUACUGUAAGACUGGUUUGUGCUCAAGUCCUCUUUUUUCUGUACAGCUCCAUUUUUAAACGUUAUUAGGGGGUUCAUGUUUUCUAUGAUUGACACUUGAUACAGCCUAUGGGCGUAUGAAGAUUGCGUAGCUCAUCUGGGGGAUACGCUGUUUAAACCGAGUGUCAUCACAGCAACUCUCCUGGCGAAUGCGCACAAUGCUACUGCACAAGUGGUGGAGUGCGUACAAUGCUACUGCGCAAGUGAUGGUUCCAGGAUGUUGAGAAAAUCCCGGAAAUACCAAGAGCAAUUCGGCUUGAAAUCCGUAUAACGACGGAAGGUGGAACCAAGUUGUCCAUAGUAUAGACAGUCUAUGGAUUAAACAUAAAAACAAAACGUGCCGCUUGAAUGCAGAGCAGAAAAGGCUCUGUACCAAAGUGGCAGAUGCGACUCAGAAACGUUGACCUAAAAGGAUGCAGAGCUGGUUUAUUGAACCAGUGUGUGACCAUUGUGCUGCAUGUGUAGGCUUCAUUCCCGGCAUAUGGCUUGUCCUCUAUUCAGAAUUAUGCAGACAGUGCACAUGGUGCUCAUUAAUAAAAUAUAUUUGACAUGAACAAAGACUGUUUAUUUAUCCUGGAGGCAACAUCAUGCAAAUCCUACAUGUGCACCAUGACACAACUCGUGACCAAGCCCUUUCAGCUCCUCUCCUCCCUACUUGUGAUGCUUCUGCUCUCAUGUGUUCUCUCCUCUCCUGUUGUGUCCUCUGGUGUCCCCUUCCCUCUUUCUCAUCCUCUCCUCUCUUUCUCUCCCCCUGUUUCUCCUCUUUUUCUCAGAGCCCAAUCGAUAGAGACUGCCCAGCCAGCUCUGUCAGUUUUUCAGUCUGUGGUAAUUACCUGGCCAUCCUGUCACUUCACAUCUAUUUAGUGGAGAUGGACCUGAGCUGGGGAACCUGAGUGGAGGAUAAUAUGCAACCCGUUUGGCUGAUCUUUCAUUCAAAAUACGUACAAGGACAGGGAUAGAGUGGGGUAGCCGUGCCUGAUGAAGGCUUUCAGUUAAGUUGGAAAUGAUAUGCAGACGUGAGAUGCUACACAUAAGCCAAUAAAUGAUAUUUUAUCACUAAUAUGGGAUCCAGACAGCGAAAAAUGAAAUCAUUGUUGAAGGGAAAUGCAUUACUUAGAGACUGAAUUGAUGCAUUCACACCAAAAUAAGAAGACACUUGGUUGUAAAACUAGAGAGAUGAGGAUUUCCAUGUUGUUUGCUGUCUUGAUACUGUGCAUGCAGUACAAAAAGAGAAGUUUAGCUGUGACAUAAAAGCUUAACCUAGCCAUAAAAAAGACUGUCUCCAAUCAAACCACAUUUUUAAUCUCCUUGAGAAAACCUUCCUAAGAGGAUCAAUAAAGUUUUAUCUAAUCUAAUCUAAUCUAUUUCAAUCAUAAUCUUAUUUUUGACUUUUUUGAUGUUCUAAAGGAUUUUCCAUGUGUCACAACGCUCCAAAUUUCCUGAAUGGACAUCCAGUUCAGCACAAGCGGUCCUGGCUGAGUAGGGUGUGUGUGUGUGUGUGUGUGUGUGUGUGUGUGUGUGUGUGUGUGUGUGUGUGUGUGUGUGUGUGUGUGUGUGUGUGUGUGUGUGUGUGUGUGUGUGUGUGUGUGACAGAGAGAUAAAAGGGAGAUGAGAGAAACACGCAGGUGUAUCUCGGGUUAUCAAGCCAGGUAAAGAGAACAGGAUUGUGCAACUCUGGCUGAUAAUUCUCUGACCUUUACCUUUUACACUCUAAUGCAUCCUAAUAGGCUGCCGGGUCCCAGUAUGUCUCCUCACUUACCAACUCACACAUGCAUUAUAUUCUCCCUACACACAGCCACACACACACACACACACACACACACACACACACACACACACACACACACACAAAUCAGUGUCUGGUUGUCUUGGAGAUCAAAGCUAUUAUAUUUUCUGACAACAAAAGCCCCAGGAGUUGAUGUAAACUUACCUCUCAGCCUUACCAGAUUGUCUGAUCUUGACUUAAAAAAACAAACAAAAAAAACAUUUAACCAACUACAUACACUGCAUACAGUCUUUGAACAUAUGUGCAUUUUUUUUUAUUCAGCCAAACAUGACCUUAAGUAACCUUGUGCUUAAAGUUCUUUGAAGUUCUUUGAAGUUCUUACAUUUUCAAAAUAAAAUAACUUCAAAAACUUCAAAUUAACAACGUACUUUGAUUAUGUGUUUUUCUGAUAUCCACUCUGUGUGAUUGAUUGUUUUCAGAGGUGGCCCGCACCAUGCAAAAGAAUGACCGGUCCGGUGACGACAGUCAGCGCGAUAGUGUAAGUAAUCGAUCCUUUUAAAGAUUCCUUUUGAUCUACUACGUCCUUUUAUCUUCCUCUUUUACUCCUAUCUUACUUUACAUCUUCAUAGGUUUCAUUCUUCUUGCGAUCGAACCAUCCCCAUGUUGUCUUCUUGUUGUUGAACACCACUAUGCGCGUCAUUAUGUAAGAAGCUUGGAUAAAAUGGAAAUGAGCAGCACUUACGAAGUGCCUUUUUCGUCGUGCAACCACUCAAAGCACUUCACAUCAAAUGCCACUCAUCCCAUUCUUUAUACACAUUUAUACACUGAUGGCAGGGGUUGUACACAACUUCAAAUCAUACACAGGCUAGAAUAACACUGACACAACCUUGGAAAGCUAUUUAGAGUUCAGUAUUUUUUUUUUUUCCCCUGAUGACACUUAGGCAUAAACUGGGGGGACUGAAUCACUGAAAAGAAAAAGUGAGAAAAUCAAAAACUAGGAAGGAGCGAUGAACAAGACUGAAUGCGCUCUCGAGCAUCUUCAAAGGGAUGAUUAUUUCCUUCCACGUGAGGUGAAAUAAUUUUGUAUUUUCAAAACAGUUUGUGAUGUGGUACGAGAAUUCUUUUUCGCAAAGAAAGAGAUCUUGGAACAAGUCUUGAAUGCAAUAUCUCAGUAAGGCACAAAAGAGAAUAAUUGCUGGAACAUGCUGAUGUCUCUUGAGGUAAAAUGGUUUCUGUUGUUUUUGGUGAGUUCUGACAGUUUUGGACAGCAGUGAUUUCAUUUUCCUUGAUUAUGUUGCUUUUCUCGUCUCGUUUGUCUGACAAAUGUUUUAGUAUUUCAACAAACCAUGGUGAAAUUUGUGUCAGGGUGCUAGCACUCGCUUGCAGGGGUUAAAAACAAACAAAUAUAUACACUUUUUUCCAGCCACAACAGCAGAGUAACUGGUUCUUAAAUCACUUUACCCUGUUUUGUGUGGAGUGAACAGCUCACGCAGUAGUUGAAGGUGAGUAGUCUCAUGUCAUAAUUAAAACAUUUGGUCACUCACUAGGGAUGGGCGAUAAAUUAUCGUUCACGAUAAAUCGUCAGAAAAAUCCUCCAUAAUAAAUAUUUGCCAUCUCAUGAUAAAUACGAUGAAUGCAAGUUGAUUACGUAAGCGCGAGUUACUGACUCACAGCCACAGCCCACACAGAGCAGAAUAACAAUCAAACAUGGCCGAAGGCAAUGAAGAAGACGCUUCUGAGCAGCUCGUUACUGAACGAGACUCCACAUGAGGGAUUUCCUUUAAGAUCGGGGCUUAGAUGAGUGAAAUCAGAUAUGCCUGACAUCCAACAGUGGAUCUGCUGUUGUUCACUCUGUGCAAUAAGAGUUUUCAACAAAUGUUGAAAAUAUUUUCACAUUUGAGAGUUGUUUGAUAUCAUUAGUUUUCUCCAUAACCCACCACUCAAACUUGUGGUUCAGUAUCUUAUUUGACUAUUCCAACUAGUGUUCUUAAGACAAACUAAGUCAGAAAUAUAGACUGGAAUUAUAAUAUUUUUUUUAUCAGGACUUUAAUCGUUAUCACCAGAAUGGCAAAUCUUGUUGUGAAUAAGUUUUAAGCCCAUAUUGCCCAUCCCUAUUGCUCACAGGAUAUCAAGUAGACAUGACACAUUUGAUGUUCCCUCUCUCUUCUGAUCUGUAAAGUAAAUGAAAUAAAUGUUUAGGAUUUAUCCAACAGUUUAAUAGGAUUGUAUCCAAAUUGUUUUAUUUCUUAAUGAAAAUCUGAUGUAAUUGGAUCAUAGUAUAGCCUCUGUAUUGCAUUUGGACCAUCUCGUGCCUAGUUGUGUGUUUGGGCUUAAUUUUACACCAAUCCAAUGACUCCUUGACUUCAUUUCACCAAAGGGUGAGACAGUUGACAGCCCAAAUACAGUCACCUCGGUUUGUGUGAUACAGUGAUAAAUACACUAAAUAUUGAUCAUUAAAUUGAAAAUAUGUAGAUCUACACAGAUUCACCCCAUAUUAGAUUCACUGUUACAACUUAAUCUCACUGUCCAAUGGUACUUAUGACAGGGGUUUCCAACCUGUGACAGCAUGGUGACAGAGUUUGCCUUUGGAAAGCAGAUUAUCACAAGAGCUGAUAUUGUAAACACAACAAUAGUAUGUUGUGUAUGCAAAGACAAGCACAACCAGUAAGAGGCAGCUUAUAUUGCCUUUGGGUUUACGGUUAAUACAGCAGGAGAUGAGGAGAGGAUGGUGUGUGUUUGAAAAUAUUGGCAGCUGGCAGUUUGACACUUAACAAAUCAAGAACACACUCAAAUCUUAGACUCCAGUCAUGGCGAUAAACCAAACUUGGUGAAUAUCCCCUUCAGGCACAUCACUGUGAAGGCUGCUCUAGUAAACAAAAAAGAACUUUCUCAUUCCAUCUGGCAAAGCGGUUGCAAAUUACAAUAAGUUUUUGUGCUUGGGGGGGAAAGAAGAGGCUGGUAUAGCAAUCUGACAAUGUCUGACACUAGUGUUGGAUGAAGUCUGAGUUGCUCCUCUUGGACAAAUGGUAGAAAAUUUUUGAAGUUGUAAAUAGGGAUGGGAAGUGAUGAGAACUGAUCGAUAUCAAUGCAAUUAUCGAUUCUACUUAUUGACUCAAUUCCUUAAUGGGUCCUUUAUCAAUGCCUUUCUUUGAUUUAAAAAAGUAGACUAUAGGUUAUCACCGGUGACUCUUAUUGAGUCUUGGAUAACAGAAAAAGAUGUAUGCCACCUUCAGUGAGAGUCUAAAUAUAAUCAAAUGGCAAACUAUUUGUACAGCAUUUACUUUGGUCGGUAUUAAGUCAAAUACAUAAUAUGUAUUGCAAUUAUGUUAACACAGGACAUAAGUAGCUUCCAUGCCAUGCUGAGACAGAGCAGUAGCGGCUGACGACUGGUGGAGAGCAUCGAAUGCACGUGACUCCUUAUAUUUGAUGCUAUGCCCUGUUGACAAAUGUUGAAGCAUGUUGCUGAUGUUUCCACCUUUACAUGUUAUCACUGCUCAAUGAACGCUGCACGUCGUCUUUCUUAGUUAAAUGAAGCCACGCUUUCGAUAGUUUCUGCUUACUUUUCGUACCGUCCGCCAUGUUUUUUUUCCUCAAAGUCUCUGUUCUCGUUUGCGUAGACUGGCACUCGUGAGACCGUUUUUGUAAGGCACCCGGAUGAAAGGAAUCGUUAAGAUAAAAUGUAAACGAUGUUGAUGGAUUGAACCAUUUAGAACCGGUUCUGAACAAGAACCAGUUCUCGAUUCCCAUCCCUAGUUGUGAAUACACAUAUGUCACAGUUUCAUGAUAUUUGUCACAAAAAAAUGUCGGAUACAGUUGAAAUUAAGAUUGCUCCUGUUCUAGCAUUAAAAAACCCUAAAAGUAUAGUGCCAUGAAACCAUCUAAUAUAACAAAUAGAGGUUUGUCCCACUGAGUCCACCCCCCACAAGAGCUACUCAACCAUCAGUGCCUCAGCUGUCUCACAUGAUGUUGUCGGAGUUCCGUCAAGCUAUUAGUCACCCACCUCCAUCCGUCUGAUUUUAAUAUGCAGGUUCCUGGAAAUCCUUGCAAACAACAAGACAGGUCAGAGCCGUGUUUGACCAGAGAUGCAGCUUGUAUAGAGAGGCAGCAGACUCUGUCAGGCUGAUCCUCCUGUGUGCAUGAAUAAGAUAUUCAAUCACAUUCUACGCCUGUUGACCUGAGUUAAAGUUCAACUGUGGGGCCGGUGAAUGAGUCUUUAAAAUGAGCUGACAGAAGGGAGGAAAUAUAUUCAGUAUGCAGAUGGAAAAUCUCCUCUGACUCUUGUGGGUAGAUAAGCUCAAGAAUAAACGACAGAUUUAUUAAGAGAAAAAAAGUGAAAUUUCAUUUCAGCUGAAGGUUUGCUGCAUGGUUGACAAUUCUGUGUGAUUCAUGGUGAAUGUUAAGACGACCUGUGAUAUGUGGUUUGCACCCUGGGGCUGAUUUUCCCUUGAAUAUCCACUCCAUCGGUAUGGAAAAACAAGAACAUAUAUCUGUUUGUUUCACUGUUCAAAUGCAUUCAAAUGCUAUAAACUGUAAUUUAAAUCAUUUAAAUCUCAUUUCUUACUAACUCUGAUCAACAGUUUGAGAAACAAAAUCCAAAGACAUGCUUUCUUGCAAGAUAAGCAGCUCAAACUCAUAUGUAACUUUAUAAUAAAACAAAUACCAUUUAUUCCCACUGGUCCAAUAUUAAAAAGAGCUGCAUGAAUAUAAAUGGUGAUUAAAAAAUCUGACAUCAAUGGGAACAAAUGACCUAAAAAAAUCAAAUAAAACCACAGCUAAUGGAAAGAGCUGAUUGAUGGUUUUACAUUUCCUUUUUCCUGGGAUGUAAUACACCUCAAAAUUACAUAAUUGCAUAUUACUACGAACAAAUCCAAAAGACAAAUGGUUGAAUUUUUAAAUUUUUGUUUCUUUCGUUGCCAUGGGGGAAAAGACUUGUGAGUUAAGAGAGAGCAGGGCAGGGGGGAGAAAAAGAGACAGCUGAUAAAACAAAUGGGCUGGACAUCGAGGGAGUGCAGGUGAGCGAGAGGAGAGGAGAGGAGAGGAGAGGAGAGGAGAGGAGAGGAAAGGAAAGGAGGAGGGUGAGGUAACGACUUGAGGUAACUGUAAAAAACAAACUGAGAGCAGCAGAGAUGCUCCCUCCUCAUCCUAGAGGGUGUACUGAGGUAGAGCAGGGACACAGGCUGCAGUGCUGAUGAAUACGUUUCACAGGGGCUCUCGGGGGCUGUCCAAUCAGGCAGUGCCAUCGAUGAAUAGUCAUGAGUCACCUUAUCAGCAUCACCAUGGAUACGCAGAUGUGACUGUGGCCCUGUGAAUGUGAUGAGGGAAUAGAAAUGGGCCAAACGCCGCUCCAUCUCCUUCCCGCGCACAUCUUGAUCAUCAAUUAGAGCCCAGCAGGGGAGCGUCCAGGCCACGAGCUCGGCUGGCUGAGGGAUAGGGAGAGGCGGCUUCACGAGAAAUGUACAGAAAGGGCAAGUAGUGGACAACAUUAAGGGGAUAUAACCCAUGGAGUAUUUGAAAUCAGCUUGAAUCAUUAUAUAACGGAAAAAUUAAAAACCAGUAAUGUCAAUUUACACUCAGCACAUACAUUUGAAAGCUGACAGGAGAAGUGGGAAGUGUAUGACUAGGUGUUAAACAAAAAGAUUGAUUGAAAGCAAAUUAGAUUGAAGAGGAUCAGAGGAUGGCAAAAUUAUCACAGGAGUGGAAAAGUGAGUGAAGGGUGAGCAGGAUGAGAGGCAGCUGCUGGAGAUCAAACAAAGAAAACGGACAGGGGCUAAUGGGAUAAAGGGCUGGGGUGACAUGCAAUGAUUUGGACAAUUCCCUGAUCUUCUACAUCAAGACCUAAUAAAGAUUAACAACCCUCUUAAGUGCAGUUUUGUAACAGUCAAUUUCUUGGAAAGGUCACUCUCAACACUUGCUGGAAUCACCUUCAAGAUUUGAUAGAUCCCUUCAGAGGCAGAUACCAAUAUCACCAAAGACUAGGGGUACGCUGAAUCACUUAAUAUUCUGGUCAAUGUACUUGUGAGUAUUUGUAUCAAUAGUACUCUGAGUAUUUGUUUCUAGUGCAGUGCAUAGCGCACUUUUACAGGAGUACAAUUUGAAGUCCUUAAGCUACACUCCAAAAACUGUGAGCCUGUCUUUGUUGUUGGUGUAUCCCCACACUCUACAUCACCAUCACCAUCACCAACUUCAAAUUUAAACUUUCUGUAAAAUUAGGCCGACAAAAGAAAUUCCUCAGUGUUGUCUCCAGCAUCUCUCUUCUGCUUUUCUGCUUUCCCACAAAAUAGCUUUCUGUCAAAUGACAAUGAAGCUGAAUGAAAGGGAGUGACUGAGGGCUAAUAUUAACCAGGCUAAAAUCUGUAUUGAAAAUUAGGGGUGUCAAGCAGACGUUUGAUUGAUUGUGUAAUCAGUGGAUUGGAUAGAAUGGUAGUUGAUUUGUAAUGCCAGCUAACAAUACAAUAGCACCCCUAGCAGGCAUUACCAGUUAUUGGUCACUGUAUAAGUGAACGUUUGAUAGAGGAAUGGAAAUAAAAGGUUGCACCAUAACAGUUAUUGCACUCAUACAAAUACUAGAACACAUUGUAAGUGUGCACACUAUAGACUGUAUAUAGAAUGGACAGUGUCUUCCUCCUUGUUGGGUGAAGCCGAGAACCCACUGGUGACGGGCUGCAGUAUAGGUCAUAAAUCCAGCCUCCACCAGCAAUCCCUAUGGAGCUGUGGACAAACUUCUGUUGUAAUUUGAUGCACCUCCUCCUCUUACCUUACCAACAACUAGGAGAGAAAAAAAAAAAAAACAGAGUGAAGGAUUACAGAAAACUAAUUGGUUUAAACCAAAGACUGUAUAUAGACCGAAUGCCGUCUGCCUCCUCGCUGGGUGAAGCCACCGCGAGAACAGCACCCUCUGGUGGCGGGCAGCAGUAUAGGUCAUAAAUCCCGCCUCCACCAGCAACCCCUAUGGAGCUGUGGACAAACUUACGAAAUUUAUGACACAGAAUAUACAUUUUUCUCCCCCCGGCUUGCAAUGUUGACAUGUAGUUACUGUAAGACUGGUUUGUGCUCAAGUCCUCUUUUUUUCUGUGCAGCUCUAUUUUAAAAAGUUAUUAGGGGGUUCAUGUGUUCUAUGAUCGAAACCUGAUGAGCCUAUGAGUGUACGAAGUUUGUGUAGCUCACCUGGGGGAUACACUGUUGGAGCCGAGCGUCAUCACAGCGACUCUCUGCGACUCUCCCGGUGAAUGCGUACAAUGCUACUGCGCAUCAUUGGUUUCAGGACAUGGAGAAAAAAACACGGAAAUACUGAGAGCUUUUCAGCUUCAAAUCCGUAUACUGGCAUUAGGUGGAACCAAGUUGUCCAUAGUAUAUACAGUCUAUGGUGCACACAUUACAUUCAGGAGCCUUUGUAUGAAAUGUUUGCAAUUUUGAGUCCUGAACCCAUGAAAAUGUGUUCCUACCUUUUUAAACAUUCAUGAAAAUUUACUAUAAAAUCUUAUCUUAUGGAGCUAUUGAAGAUGAAUAAGUCUAAUUUCCUCUGAAUAAAUUCUCUCUAAAUAAAUGUUCCUUUAAAUAAACAUUUUACAGCUUCAUAACCACUGCAGUCAUUUUUUUAAUAAACCUGAUAAUUGCAGUCGUCUCACAGAUAUGACGGGCCCAGUACAAACAAUGUUAAUUGUUUUUGAGCCACUGCUUAUCUACAUGCUUAUUUAUUUGCGUGGGAGUGAAGCAAUCUACUGCAUAUUUGAAACAUAAUUAAAUUAACAGGCAGCUUCUCAAAUAUAAGGACAUUUCUAGGCUCUCUUGGAAAUUAUAUGUCUAUUUUUUUCCCUUUAAGCUGGCCACAAUUCGAGCGGUGGGAAAUUCGUGUUGUAAAUCUGAUCCAAAUGUGCUUGUCAGGGUCUUAAUGCCUGCUCUGUUGUCUGUGUGGAGCCUGCAUGUGCACAUUUAUCCACCCAAAAGGGUAGAAAGGGAAAGGACGCUCGAUAUUUAUUUAUUCCUCUACACCUGUUCUAAGGAAACAUUGCCACCAGCUCACUGCUCUCAUUUCACAGCCUGUUGACUGCGUUGAGAGUGUGAUUAAUCUUGCAUAAGGUGUUUGGCAGCAUGGAUGUGGGGCUGAUACAUGAAGAGCAGAGUGUGAACUCAGUCUGGGAAGGUCGGUAUGGUGGAUUCGUGGGGUGAUGAAUCUGCCACCCUGUCAGUGUCACAGUUUACCCAAAUUCAAUCCACCAAUGACACAUUCAGUAUGUUUUAUCCUCUUUUUCCUGUAUCAAAACAAUCUGAACACUAAUGUCCUCUUCACAGUUGCUUUAUUGUGCGCAGAUCCACCUUAUUUCAAGAAGGCUCCUCUUUAUCUCUCUGUUUUACACAGAGUGACCCUGACUCUUUAUCACUGGGAAAAUACAAAACAGUGUGUUUAACAUUUCUGCAGUUUAUCUGCUGCUCAGUGGUGCUAGCAUUUCUUGCCUCUCCAUCUGCUGCAAAAUAUUACCCUUUCUCAAUAGGUUUUCUACAAGUUCAUAUAGUUCAUCUUAUUUUACCCAGCACGGAGUGAUGCAUCACAGGGACAUGCCUGAAGCAGAGGAUGACUAUAGGUUUCAUUCCUUCCAGACAUUUCUCCUCAUGCCUCCUAGCGUACUCUAGGGAGGCUCUUUGAAACAAAUUGUUUCAUCUCCCUCACCUCCAAUAUGACACUCCAGUACUACACUGUUACUUCUUUAUCACCUUUCCCGCUAGUUUUCCUGCCUUUAAUCUCUUCCCGCGUUAUAUUUUUCUCACUUCAGCUGCUGAGAUCAAAAGGAAACAAGACGAGAUGCGCAGAUAUAGUAUCUUUUGUACAUAUUUUCCCUUGCAAAACCUUGUGUUUACUUUCAUGCUAUGAAAUUGGACUCAAUAUGCAAACUUGUUAGCAGCUUGAGUCUUCUCUCUAAGGCAUUCAGAAUGUAACAUGUUUAAAUCAACUGUAUCACCUAAAGGCUGAUACAAAUACAAGCAGAAAUGUCAGACACUGUGACUAGAUGUAUAUUUGCAUGGAGGAAAAUUACAUGGCUUCAUCCAUGAGGGUCUAAGAAUAGUAACAACAGAGGAUUCUUUGCACAAGCAAGGAGGUGUUUGAUUUCCAAACAGAUGGAGAUACAGUAAGUAAUGAGGAAGAGGGUUUGAAUUUAACAUUUGAGCUGUAAUCGCACAUAUACAUACACGCUCUCAGAUACUCACACUUAGUUAGUCAUAUAAAGAGCAUGGGCUUUUAUUUUGCAUCUGUUAAACCUGUGCAAAUGAGUCACAAAGACAUCUUCUAAUUUACAAUCCACACCCAAAGGGUUGGAUAGACUUCAAACUGCUGUAGAGUACACAGUGUCACUUUGUGCCUGUGUUGUCUGUAUACAUUGAAAUAAGCCAUCAAGAAAACAGUUAGCCCAAAAUAGACCUCUCUGUACAAAUAGAAGUAGUAAAAAAACACUUAACUCACUGACACUGCAGCUGACAGUCACGCACAGUGAGAAAUUUUACUGUCUGCUGGGAGUUGGUGAUAACAGCACUGUUUUAAUGUAAUGUCACACUUAAACUUCCCAGUAAUCGUGACAACAAUUUCACCUCUAGAUCCUCUAAUAUGUUACAUAAGUAUUUUGAGAUUACUUUGCUUUUAUUUCUAUUAAAAAAAUAAAUUAAUCACCAGACUUACAAACUUAAAAAACACUUGAUUUCAGAACCUGUGCUCAACCAAGGAGCAGCAAAGUCUGGGCUCUCAAGAAUUUCUAAAAUUUUUUGCUCUGUUUUUUUCGUGUUUUGGUCAUUUUUUGUCUGAUGGAUGUUUCUGCUGGGAGAGGAGUUUGUUCAGGAGAGAAGCUUCCUUAAUUGAGACGGAACUGGUGUAGAUGACGACAUCCUGGAGAUGUUCUUGUGGUUCUGUGUAGGUGUGGAGAUGAGGACAAAGUUGAAGGCUAGGAAAUGGAGAUACAAACCCUUUCUUCCAUCAGUCAUCAUAAGAAACAUAAACUCUCUGCCCAACAAAGGCUGAAACUUAAGAUAUUAAUUUAGACUGAGAAAGCAUUCUUUGAGUGCAGUCAAGCUCAAACAGAGAUGCUAAAGCUAGUGGCAAGAAGAAAAGAAGGGGGUCUGGCUUUAUUUGUUAACCAGAGACGGUGUAACUUCACACACAACUGUCAAGGAGAGGAUGUGUUGUCCACAUAUUGACUGUUGGAAGUUGCUCUUUUGCCAAGGGAGUUCCGUCAUAUCACAACAAUAUUUGUAUACAUCCAACCAAGGCAACGGCUGAAGUUCAGUGUUUGGUUUCAAGUUUUAUUUGAUUGGAAACAAGUUGGACUCAUUAGAGGAUGUGGUGGAGAGAUGCACACUGAGGAAAGAAGAGGCCGUUCUCAAGAACAUGGAUCAUCCACUUCAUAACACCUUGAUGGACCAAAAAAUAAACAAAACAAAGCAAACAAACAAAAAAUCAGUGGUGGACGGCUCCUUUCUCUUUGCUGCAGGACAAUUAAGUUCUUGUAUUGUGUUGCCUUUACACAUGACUGAGUUUAUUUAUUUUUUAUCUAAGCUGGUCUUUGCUAGCUUUCAUGUUUUCUAGCUUGCUAAAAGGAAGCAGGCUGGAUUAAUAACUUAAUCAUUGGAAAAUUUGGAAAUUUGUUUCCCAUCAGUCAGGAUCAUUUCAAUGAUUAAGUGGUACAAAGUUUCUCCUCAACAAUCAGACACAAAAUCAGAGCAAACUGUGCAAAGUUGCAGAACUUUAUGGGCCUAUUUUUGCUUGUUCAUCAUUAGUGCAACAUGCUUUUUGAAUCAGACUUCCAGAUGAGUCAGAUUGAGAGGUAAACAAUGUGCUUGGUGCUAUUAGUGUGAGCAAUCCAUUUAUAGUGAAUGCCCCUUCAGGGAUUUGUAGCACAUGAGUUAUGGAACUUUGGCUUAAUUUUGUCAUCAUUAGCAGAUGAUAGAAUAUGAUUACCAUUGGGUUCUAUGAUUGAGGACCUUUAAAUAAUCAAACAAAUAUACUUUUACUAUCAGCAUCUCUCUCUGCAGUUAUAUGAAUCUGAUGAAAUCCCAAAGUUUAACACAAUGAAAAAGGUCAGUGUUUGACUGUGUCAUUUCUAAGCCCUGUAGGGAUUCAUUUAUAUUCAGAGAAUUGUACUGUGUCACUGUCUACAAUGCAAAACAUGUUUGGACAUCAUGAAACAUAAUAUCAACUUGUGCAUGUAGAAUAAUUUCGAAAUACAUGAAUACCUCACUUAAUUUCCAAACCCAGCACCCCUCCUCUCUCUAUCCAAGCUGUGCCCACUGUGUACUGUAGGAGAUGAACUGUGCUAAUUUUUAUUACCCCACAGAAUAACACGCUUUAUAGCUUCAGGAACCACCUGACCGCACAGUUAAACACACACGCCUGUAAAUACCAGCUACUCUGUAUGGUAGAGCGGCAGACACACCUUUGUUGUUGAGGCAACGUUGUCACUGAGUGAGCAUGUGCCAAACAAACCGUAGGACUGAUGGAGACGUUAAGACUGUGGAGUAACACGAGCCGUAGAUAUCAAGUGUGCUUUAAUAAAUCAGACUGCUUACAGUAUGCAUUAUCGUCAGAGUCAGUGGGGACAGAAUAGAAGCUAUAAAUAAAAUGAGCUUCUUGAUAAAAUCUACUUUUCUCUCUCCUUUUAAAUCGUGUCGCUUUUCACAGUCUUCUAUUCACUGGCAGAUAAAUGGAAACACUGAAUUGUUUUUUCAGCCAGUUGAUUUACUCCAUCUCCUCUUUCCUCUCUCAUCUCUUCUCCUUUCUUUCUCCCCCACCCGACUGUGUUACUUCUUUCCCAGACACUUCUUGCCCUGCUCUUGGGCUUUACCCAGCAUCCAUUUAAGAUUCAUUCUCUGAUAAAAAUCAAUUGCUGAAUUCAGAGCGGAGCGGAGAUGAAUGAUGGUACUGAUGAUACUAAGGAGGGAGCAGGGUGCCCCCUGGCUUGUAGUGAUGAUGGAGAAUUCCUCUAUUUUAAUCUAAGCCUUGAACCAUUUCAUGAUCACAGUUGCUUUGUGAGGUAGCUCAUAGCAAAACCACUUUUCUGAGUUUUGAGUGUUUGAUUCUACAGUUUGUAUCCUGUAAACACAACCAGAAAUGGUACACCUGAUUUUGAAACAUCUUACCAACAUGGAUUCAGAUUUAGUUUCCCCAGUUUCAGAGCAUAUAGUGAUGGAAUAUACAUUAAUAUAACCUAACCAGGUACUGAAAUGAUGAUGGUAUUCAGUUCGAAGAGUGCAAAUAUGGAAAUGCCUCUCAGCUCGCCUCAGGUGAAAACCCAUCACCCACAAGCAUGGGAUAAUAGAGUUCACCUUCAAGCCACUAACACAUAGCCUGCACACUAUUUGAUUUUGAAUUAUAAUUUUUUUGCUUAAUUCUGUAAUAUAUGAAUGUUAUUGUCAUGAAACAAAGAGAGGUGGCAGGCUGAGGUCUUGUCCAGACACUGUUUCUACUGUGAACUACAGAAAUAUAAAAGGCCAAAACACACGCAACCAAUCAUAAUCUUUUAAAGGUCGACAGGAAAAGAGGUGCUGAUGAAAAACUCAAUUUAUAAAAAGAGUUGGCCUUCUGUUUGCUGGUAAAAUAGUCUUAUUGAUGUGAACUGAUUCAUUAACUUUGCACAAGGCAAGGAGUACCUCCAAGGCCUUAAACAGCUAAUCUUUAUGUUGUACAACACUUGGAUGGUUGGUUCACAGAAAAGCCUGAUGUCUGAUGAACAGCACGACCUUUACAGAAGUGAUAAUGAAAAGGACUCCAGAUUAGUUUAUUUAAGCACAAACAUAGAGUAAGACAGGGAGAAGAUUGAAUUACUAUCAAGGGAAUGUGGAAAGAUAAGAGGAGAUGUGGCGACCUCAAAUGAUGAAUGAAAUCUACAUGUGAAAAAGGAAAUGAGCCGGUAUUAAAUCUAUCUAGGUAUGAGCAUAUCUAGAAAGUCUCUUCAUCAAAGGAAAGAGCCCCCAGCAGAAAAGCUGGCAUACAUUAGUCAAAGAAAUGUCAAUACACAUACAUUUCUUUGAACAAUUUCCAUUAUAAAAGUGCAAAUCAAAGCAGAGUGAGUGUGUGUGUUUUAGCAGGUCUUGUUUUGUUGGCUGGGCAUCAAAUCUAUAUGCCUCUUUGAUAAUGGGUGCAGUUUAGUAAUACAUACUGAUGUGCUGUCAGGAUCAAAGUAUCCUCAUGCUGCUCAAACAUCAUUUACACCUCCCUGUCCUCACAGUGACUCUUUCCUCUCAGAAUUUAAUUUUUUUUGCUGUGCUUUGCAAACAUAUGAAAACCCAAAAGACUCAAAUCAGAGCAGGACUCAUUUUUACUCCCUCAGCCACAACAACACUGCACUGAAUGACCCCUGAAAUCACAUCUUUCUCGGGUAGAUAACAUACUUCUUCAUGAUGACAUAAAAAGAGGCUGUCAUUAUGUCUGAAGAUGAUUUAUAGACCCGAAGUCUUGUUUUGCACCAACAACAAUCUUUAUUCCAGCAUGUCAGUCUGAGGCCUGUCAUGCUCACCAAUAGGAGGAUGUCAUCAGCAAAACAUGAGAUGAAAUUAAGAUACUAAAAUAAUGGACCCAACAAGCUUGACUCAUGGUGCCUUCGAGUUUCCACGGAAGUCGGAUAUCAGAGCUGGGAAUGACGUCACACCCAAGUUACCAUCGUUUCAGUUGCCAAGGCGAAGAAAAGCAAAAUUGGAGGCGGAAACAAGAUGGCUACAUCUACAAAAGUUAUUUUAGCGCUUGCCUUGUCCGAAUAUAAGCAGCUUCAGGACAAAUAUGCGGUCCUUCUGCAACUUCCAACACGGUGAAUGAAGAGGACAAACAAAGGUGCAGAAGGUAGCCUAUCUUUUCUUUCUAAGUAUUUCGUUGUUUACAAAAAGUAUCUAUCGCCGUUUGAUCGGUCAUCAGUUAAUAACAGGCGAGUGCUCUUAACUGCAUACACGCAAUUUAUCAAUUAUAAGUUGAAAUAAACAAAAAAACACCGGCUUAAACUACCAGGCUACGGUUAGCUGUUGUUAGCCACUGUUAGCAUGGCCGGCUUUGUGGUUGGCAUAUACACAUGAAAAAUGUAAAUUACACUAUGAAAGUAUUUCCACAUCUAAUCAUACUUUUGUAGCCCGAGCCUCAGGCUGAUUUACUGCGACAAUAAACAGUGAAAAGUGUUAAUAAAAGGAUUAUUACAUGAGCUUCAACUUGCAGUUUACAACCGGCGCUGCCAUCUUUAAACGUCAACUUGGGGGCUGUGUUGGUCAUCUGACUUUCCGAGUCGGAAAUCCGACAUCGAUGUUCAUCCCAGUUGAAAGUUCUUACUCGGAGCUUAUAAAUUCUUACCUCCGAGAACAACUGGAACGCACCAUCAAAUCAACAGUUCCUAUCGUGACACUCUGGAUGCUCAGUUGUUAUUUGAAAAAAAACAAAAACGUAUUUGUUUUUCUUUUUUCUUUUUUGUAAUUUGCAAUGCAACACAACAAAAACAGUUUGAGUUGAAUCCAAGCGGAUACUUGCUGCUGAUUACUUAGUCUGGUUUGAAGGAGGACUUGUGAAUCAAAACUUGCCAGUGCAAUUUCAAGGGCAAGAUGAUGAUGAUCUGUAUUCCUUCUACUGCAGCUGUUGAAAGCUGUGUUUUCAGUGUACACUUUUACUGAUUACAGCCCCCACCCCUCUACCCACACAAACCCAAAACAAAAAAAAAAACCUUUACCUGACAGAUAAAACUUCAAAGAUCCUCCAGUUCAGCCCAGUCCAAAACAAAACAGAUCCUUGUGUCAGUUUGGAGUAGACUGAGAGGUUAUGAAAAGCUACAUAGCUCUUGUGUCAGUGUUGCUUUCUUUUUUCUCUCCUCUUCCAUACCAAUCCAACAAAGAGUGCUGCAUGAGCCCACUUUUCUCAACAGGGCUGGCAAUAAAGACGCAACCGGCUACCAUACAGAGAUCUGCUUUGACAUCAGUGUUUGACGUUUGCUGCUUUGUCUGCUUUUACCAUUAAGACCUCUGUAUCAUUUCACAUAAGGAAGUGAUUUAAACCCAUUUGUUUACACUUACCUUUGUAUGACCAGGACUUUGGCUAUUAGUGUACUUUUUGUUGAUUUUUUUAGGUCUUUUUGCCUCAUCCUUUUUAAUUUGAUGACUGUGAAGCACUCAGUGACAACUGUUCUAGAGAGGUGCUAUACAAAUAAAGUUUAUUUAUUUAUUUAAUGUGAUGUUUUGUAGUAAUUAUUAGGGAUGUACCAAUCCGAUAUUUGAUAUCUGUAUCCGUCCCGAUACAGAAGAAAAUUCUAGAUCGGGUACUCUAUGGUAUGCACUGUGAGUGGCAUCCACAAGUAAACAGGCUAAGCGGAUGCCCACAUUGUUUUCAAAAUGGAGCAAGCAAAGGGGUCUGCUAUCUUGAACUUUAUUACAAUACCUCAGCCUACAAGCUCGACGGCCACUUGCAAUACCUGCGCAAUAAACGUUUUGAGGGGCGGUGGUAAAACUUCAGGUAACAACAAAAAGUAAUUCAGCGUAGCUUUUCUGUACUGGAAUUGGAUUGGUAUUGGCUGAUACCAAACUGUAGAUAUCUAUAUUGGUAUUGGAGGUAAAAAAAAAAUGUGGAUUGGUGCAUCCCUAGUAAUUAUAAACCACAAAUCAUGAAAGAGGUAAGAGCACAGUGAACUGAGUGUCUGUCCAGCAUCUGUCUCGGAGCGCUGAUUGGACUUUAGGACAUUCAGAGAGGAGCCUGGAUCCCCCUACCACACAAGAAGAGGAAUAAGUCAAAGAAAAUAACAACAUCUUAGCCGAUAACAAACGUCUGCUUUUCUUUCUGAAGUCGGACAUGCAGCCGGCCUUACCAAAACAGUUUGACUUGUCGACUAGCAGACUGGCACAUGAAGUACACAGGAGAGCACAGGGGAGUCACAGCAGACCAAUUAACCUUUCACUGAUCCCACUUAUCAUAAAGAGCUACUUCACAAGCACAAGUGAGUGAAAAUGACAGAGCGUGUGUACAAUCCAUAGCAAUUGGAAAAUACACACACACACACACACAUAAACUCUAUGUGCUCUAACAUUUGUCCUCUCUGCAGUCACUUGUGUCCUGCUCUUUGAGGUAACUAAAACCAUUUUAGCAUACGAUUCAUUUGGAUUUUCUGUAUCAUGGGAAUUUGUUAUUAAAAUAAUCUUUCAUCACAUGUAAUGUCUGCAAUGACCUCAGAUGACUCGGGACACAGCGGGACUGCUUUUUGUAAUAUUUAUGUUUGGCCAAUUCAGUGUCGUUAAGUAUUUAUAAGUUUUAAAUUUGUAGGUGGGGACAACCAUUUCUUUUAAUACUUUGAAUAUUCUGGCUUUUUUUCUGACAAAUGUGUAGACAUAAUAGGAUAGAAAUAAUACAUUUUAAUAUUUAAAUCCUUUAUAGGGUGUUUUAAUCAGAAGUAAAUGGCUUUUAACAGCAGUGUUUUGUAUUCACUGGAGGAAUAGCAAAGAGAGUAAAGGGUCAUUACAUAAAUUGUUUAGUAGCCUCUGGAUAUUCUGUCAAAGGAGUUAAUGUGUGAUACUGACUUGACUUUAUGGACUCAGGAGAGACAUCAUCCAUCUCCUUUACCUUCAACCUGUUGAAGAGUGAGGGUUAAUCAUGCUGGCUCCCUCUAUAAAACUGCAGUCUGUUGCAAUGAGUCUAAUACAGGUAAUUAUGUAGGAAUGAAAGGCUCAAUGGCUUCUUGGAUGAAGAUUGGCAUCUUGAUGGAUGCAGGGGUGGAUGGGUGAGGGAGGAGGGGAGUAGGGGUGAAGUGUUUUUGCUGUACGAUGGAGAGGCAGAGGCAGGGCAGUCACGACAAAGAGGGAAAGGGUAGACAAACACACAUACUCACACAAAUCAGCUGUGAGGGGCAGCAGGGGUAGUGCUAACUGCCAGGAUAAUUCAUCUGUUUGCAUUUGGAGGGUGAAUAGGUGUUUUUAUCCUGCGGGCCACUUCAGGCCCUGCAUGCACCAUUGAUCAACUUCACUUGGCACAGCAAAUCAAUCUGCUGCAUAAAAGUUGGCUAAACAUAGAGCAGGACAAAAUGAGGAAAACUGAAUUAAUCUAAGCUUACUUUUGUUUCUAAAUUUUUAUGAGUUGGAUUAUAUUUUCAUCUAGGAAAAAUGAGAUACUAGAACUAACCACUGACACACUGUUUUUGAUCGGCUGCAUAUCACACUAAGUAAUCUGAAUGACUAAAGAGCUUUUUGCUAAUUUUGUGUCAUAAUGAUAAUCCUUAUGUUAGAAUGUAGUUUAAAGUGUACUCCAGAAGGGGUUUCUGCAGUACCAAUUCAUACAAAUGGUCCCUAUAGUGUUUUAUUUUAAAAUUGACCAGAUCUUGUAUGCCAUUCUCAUGUCUGACAUCCUGUCCACAUCGAUCUGCUCCAUUCAGCUCAUGUGUGUGGCGAUCUUAUGAAAACAGACAAGGCGUGUAUCUUUAGUGGAGCGGGACAGAACUGACUGUGCAAAGCUUACAGAACAUGGCGCUCACUGUGGAAUCAAAAGGUUAUGUUUCCAUUACGCCUUCUCCGCGGUGUAAAACACAUGGAGGUGUAAUGGUGGAGCAGAGCUGAUCUGGCAUCAGGUAUUUACAGUGAGGUGGGACAGUGCCAGUGUAAAACAAUGGAGCUGGAAGGACACAAUGACACUGACUGUGUAAAUCAGUGCACCUCAUGUUGGUAGUUUACACCAUAGACUGUAUACUAUUGACAACUUGGUUCUGCCUUCCACCAGUAUACAAAUAUGAAACCAAAAAGCUCUUGGUUUCACUUCCUGAAACCAACAUUGCGCAGUAGCAUUGUACGCAUGCGGCGGGAGAGUUGCCGAGAGCUGCUGUGAUGACGUUCUGUUCAAACAGUGUAUCCCCCGGGUGAGCUACGCAAUCUUUGUACGCCCAUAGGCUGUAUCAAGUGUCAAUCAUAGAAAAUGUAAACCCCCCUUAUAACUUUUAAAAACAGAGCUGCACAGAAAAAAGAGGACUAGAGCACAAACCAGUCUUACAGUAGCUACAUAUCAACAUUGCAAGCAGGGGGGAGAAAAAUGUAUUCUGUGUAAUAAAUUUCUAAAGUUUGUCCACAGCUCCAUAAGGAUGGCUGGUGGAGGUAGGAUUUAUGACCUAUACUGCAGCCUGUCACCAGCGGGUGCUGUUCUCGGGGUGGCCUAACCCAGCGAGGAGGCAGACGGCGUCCGUUCUAUAUACAGUCUAUGGUGUACGCCCAAUGUAAAAUGACAAUCAGGACAUGUAAAUGCACAGUCCAGUAGAGCUACAUUCAUAGCUUGAUAAGGCGGUUAAACUUGACCUUUAAGAGAGAUUCAACAUGAAUUCACAUGAAAGGCAGAAACCUUGAUUAGAACCAAACUCAUUGAUAAACAGCCAUCUGCCAUGACUGGGUGGUCUGAGAAAAUGAAUAGCAGGAGAUACAGACAGUUAACCAGGCAUUGAUCUGAAAGCAAACAAGGAUUUAUAGCUGUGUCUGAGAUUAGGUGUUGCAUGUGGAGUGGAGGGUGAGGGAUGGGGGAAGGGGGGGGCAAAGACAGGUAGUGUAAUAGAGUAACACCUGUAAAAGAACAAUGUGGUUGUAAAUGUUAAUAGUUGACCCUUACUGGCAGGGGAAGCCUUGUUCUUCAUGCAGAACAAAUUAAACUCCCCAUAGUUACCCUCAAGAUUAAUGGCACAAAAUCAGACUCAGUUUAUCAUGCUGUCUCACAGGCUCACUCCACAUGUGUGUAUGUGCUCGUGUAUUCCAGUCCCGAGUCAGAGGUAGUCCUAGAUGCACUCUGUAUGCAAACAACUGAUUACCUCAGUGUGGUCUCCAAGGAGAAGGUACCAAAGAAACAACAGAAAAAUUGAGCUUCUCCGCCUCAUUUUUUCCCAAUGAGGUCUUGUUUGUACUGUGCGUUCAGCAAGGGUGAGGGAAAUAAAUGAUCUUGUGCUGCAGGGCAAUAUAAUUCAAGAAAAAUGUCAAUUUGCAUUCUUGAAAAAAAUCUCAUUUACACAAGGUAAUUAGUUGGGCCUUUCUCUAAAUAAGAUCCAUUUCUACUGAUUGAUUUCCAGGUGCUCAAAUUCAGAGAAAUAUUAGGCUAUUUUCUAGGGAGCAGGCUUUGUAAGAGAGUCUGCUGUUGAUGUCGCAGCAUCACCUUUUCCUCCAGGUAAAACUUGCUCCUCCCUUUACUCUCCUGUCACCUCAUAUGCACACAGUCAUAGUUUCCGGACGACUCCUGUCACCUGCUGAAAUUCUCAUCGUUACCUUUCUUUCCUUCUCUCUUGCUAUAUUUAAUUUUCACAUUCAACGUCUCCUUUUCUCAGGUCAAUUUCUAUAUAUAUUUCCUGUUUGAUGAAUUAUAAGUCAUGACAGCAGGAUCUCACUCUAUCAUACUUUUCACUCUGUAAAAUUCAAGGCGAUUGGAUUCUGUAGCCUCUCUCCCUUUUAUUUGAAACAGCAUUAUGAUUUUAUUGAUAAUGCUCAAGUAUUCUGCUGUCUCUUGGAUCUCUGAUCAUUCUUUCUUUAUCAACCAUAAACAUCAUGACACAUACAUUUUGAGUUGGUUUGAACUGAAAUGCGUAUUUUAAAAAUGACGAAGACAUGAGACAUGAAAAAAGAAAUACAAAAAAAUGUUCAAAGCUACAAACAGGACCCUUUAAUGAUUAAAUAUGCAAGUUCAAAAAGAAGUGGAAAGAAAUUAGGGCCGACGUCAUUUUGCAAUUGUCAAUAUAUUCAGUGUCAAAUGAAUAAAUAAAUAAAGGUUGGUUUUUGAUGUGUGUAGGUAGGCUAUGUCCUACAUCGGAGACAUGACUCCACCCUAUUCAGUCCGUAACAAAGGAGGAAAGACAGGUGAGGAGAUGGAGGACGGUUCAAAAGUUGUAGCGGCUAAGGUAGAUGUGUGAUGGAGCGACGGCUAAGGUAGACGAAGUUAGUGUGGGAGGGGGUGAGCAGCUUGUGGAGUAGUUAUCGUCCAUUUAUUGUUAUCGAGGUGAGCUGCUCAAUAUAUCGUGAUAUUGAUUUGAGGCCAUAUCGCCUUGCCCUGUAAGAAAUGCAACUUACUUAAUCCUAUCUGUUUUUAAAUUGAUAAAAGCUAACUAUUUAUCUUUCUCUUAUUGAUUUUGACCAACACAAUAUUGAGUUUCUUAGCUUUGGUAUUAACCUGUCUUACAACAACAUAAAAAGUAUUUACAUCUGUAACCGCUAUACCUGUACUUGGCAGAAUGGUUAUAAUGGAAGGAAGCCAGGGAGUGUUCAGGACCAUUUAAAACUGCAAUAAUAUUUCAGGUUUGGCUGUAUUUUAUGGAAAUUUGAUAUCUGUUGUUGAAGUUUUUAAUGUUGUCUUGAUUUGCUCUUUCUUUUUGAACCAUUGUUUUGAUUAUUCACUGUAAGCUCCUUAUUUGCUAUUGCAGGAGUCAUAUCCUGGCACCAAAAACUUUUGUCUUUAUACUCAGAUGUAACUCACUAAAACCUUUCUUUUGUCAGCUUCAGUAGUUAUGCCAAGCCUUAAACUGACUAAAAGUUAUUUAGUCAGUUAGUUAGUUAAAGAAAUUUAAACAAAACAAAAUAGAAAAUUAAAUUGGAAAGAAGUUCUUUUACAGGGCCUUGGAACUGUCAUUUUAUAGCUUACAAGCUUACAAGCUUGUCUUUUGUCCUUUGUCUUUUUACCCUGUGAUUAUUUAAAAUUCAUAAAAGGGCUUUCUAAUCAAACACAGUUCAAAAUGACGAGUUUAUCCUGUCAUUGAUGAUAUGAAUAGAGUUAGCGAAAAUAAACUGUAAACACCGUAAUUAAACCCCAGCAUCUUUGGAAAAAAUAUUAAUUGGAUAGGAUAACUUCUUUUUUACAGUUUUCACAGAAUAAGAUCUUUAUCUUAUAUCAAAUGGGAUUUAUUACAAGAUAGUUGUAAUAGUCUGCAUUUAUUCUACAAUGGUUGUUCUCUUUUAAAAUCAGUGUCUCAAAAUUAAUCUCAGUGAAAUUUCCCACUCCUCAAACAUUGGGUAAAUAUAAAUUGGCCAGAAGGAGGUUUAAAAAAGUAGAGUGAAAUUGUUUUAACUAGUGGUGGCAUGAUCAUAUUAAGGCUGCUGGAUGUAUUUUACACUGAAACUGACUUUUAGCCCGAAGGACCUUUGACUGCACAGAUAAGCAUUAUUGUUUAAAAACUAAGACAAACCCCCUCACCAUGCCCUGUUUUUUAUGGCUCUUUAUGGCCACAGCAAAUAAAAUUUUCCACUUAACACUUGCUUUGUGCUGAGUCCUGAACUUUGUUGAUAACCUAAAACUGCAUGAAGCGAAAAAAUAUCUUCUGGGCAUUGUAAUGUUUAUGCCUGGGUACUAAGAUGUCCACUUUGUUUAUUCUCUUUGUUUUCAUAUUUUAUGGAAUGCCUGAGAAUUUCUGGCUUUAAUGAAGAUUACAUGUUUAGAGGAGGAACUUCUCUCAAUGUCAUUAUUUCAGCGUGAAAUGACCCACCCUCUCUUCUUCCGAACCCAGGUGUCUGAUGAAUCAUCAGACUCCCCAGAACCAGGGCUGGUCACCUGCAUGGAGCCCUUCAUGGUGCGGAGGCUGUCUUGCCGGACGAUCCAGCUGCCCCCUUUAGCCUUCAGACAGGCAGAGCAGUACUACUGUGAUCGCAAGUCUGAGCCAGACACAGUCACGGUUCCACCACGGCCAACAACACUGCCUCUACGCACCCCUCCACUCAUCGCAAUCACCUCUGCUGACACUAGCAGGUGGGUCGAUGUGUGAGUGUGUCUUUUCACGAACAAAACGCCUGUCAGGGGACUUGGUAAUUAGACCUGAGGAGGUGAGCAGAGUGAGUGGUUUGAUAGAUCAAUACAGCAGCUGUGGGAAGUGACUGGGGACAUACAGAGUCUCAUGUUAAGUACCUGACACUCAUCUUAAUGGUGCAGAUGUGAUCAUUAAUCAUUUACUGAUGGUGAAGAUAAUCAUCUAUCAGGUGUGUAGUUUGGAGGCUUUCAAUCAUUUUUCAAUCAGAACCACCAGAAGUCACUCACCAGUGGCACAAAAUGACACAAAGGAGAAAAUUUUGUUUUGUUUUUUUGUAACCACAUUGUUAAAGAAACAAGGAGAAAGGAAAAGUGCCUUGAGGUAUUUGAGCUACUGGUCUGCACUGCUUUAAGAUUUAUUAAAAUGCAACUUUUGAUACGCUCAGUUUUUCUGUGGAAGGGGACUUGCAGUGGACGGUAAUGUAUCUGAACUAAAUGGAGCUGAAAGGUUUCACACAGUUAAACUUAUCUGCAGAGUAAGUCCAACUAGAUAUUCUCCUAUUUUUUAGAAUAAUUUACCACACUUAUUUUCAGAAUUUCCAAGCUGUUUAAGCCCCUGGAAUAUGCCAGAGAAAGAAAACAAAAUUAAGACAAGCAAUUGUUGUGCAUCACAAGUUGCAUCAGAUAAUAGUUUUAGUUGCAUCUAAUGAUAGAGUCUACCUCUGUUUUUAUUGAGCUCAUCCUAGAGCAGGGUAAUAUACAGUGCAGGGUCUUCUAAUCUGAGGCACAGACGAUUUAAAAGACGGAGGUACCGGUGUUGAAUGUUGAUUAAUCAUAAUGUUGUCAGUUCAGUGUGCCUCUUACUGUAUGCAGAAAGGGAGAUGUCGGCGUAUUGAUUGUGAUGGAUUACCUUCUCAACUCCCAUAUCUCUUCAUAAUGAGUAACACAAUGUACUGAUAUUAAUAAAAAGCAAUGGCUGCCGUAGACGAAGGACAUUAAUUCCUGUGAUCUUGAAACGGGUUGGCAGAAAUUCAAAGCAGUCACCUAACAACAUACAAACCAUUGGUAUGUAAAUCAUACCUGACUGACUUACAUGCUGUAGGAUGGAUGACUCAUCAAAAAUCAAGGCCUGUGGGUUUAUUUUCAUCACCACUGUCACUUAGUGAUCUGAACAGGGAUGUAAUUCAUCAUUUGAAACCUGAUAAGCAAGAUAAAAGCAGGAAGUUACAGUCACUCUUUACUCUUUUAAAAACCUUUUCUUCAAAGAUUUUUUUUUUUACACAUAUUGUUGUGGUUUUGGUUAAUCUACAGGAUUUUAUGACAAUGCAAUGUUUCUUUCUUUUAAACUUUUAGUGACCUUAAUAUCAAAGUAUUUGUGUUUUAACAGUUUGAACACAAUAACAAAUAUAUGAGCAGUACUUUUGGUUUGGCACUUGCAGUCACACAUGCUUGGAAAACAUGAGCAAACAACAGCUGAGGGAAGAAUCACACCCUACACGCUGGAGAAUGUAUCAGAGUGGUUUGGAUGAAAUGAGAUUUGGCAGAAACAGACUCAGAGUCUCCAACCAGCUUGAUUCUCUGAGGAGAGACAGAAACAAAAAUACCAAACAGCACUCGCUAUCAAAGACAGGAAUUCAGUGGGGAUGUCAUAAUUUUACUCAGUGAGCAAUCCAGAAAGAGACAGUUGGAAAAUAGCUUAUGAAUUCAGUGGUCACACCUAUUCAUGGGUGGAAAAUCCCCAUUGUCCUGAGUUAGUAUUGGACCCUGUCAAUCACGGAGAAAGUGGUUCCUCUCUGCUUGGCCUUUGAUUGUGAUCGCAUGCUUCAAAGGGCUCUGCAUCUCUAUCAUCAUCCUCAUCGUUCUGCUACCUGCAUGGCACUGUUCAACAGUUCAUCAUGUGCCAGAUGAGAAAGAAAAUGCAUCAGCUUACUCUUUUUUUUUACCCACUACUCUUUCCUGUCUUGGCUUUCUCUCUAUUUUUUUUGCCAAAGAUGACAGGACUGGAAGGAAAACAACAACAAGCAAAAAGAGCAGUGAGGUACAGCCUAUUAAAUUGGCCCAGGCUGUUAGAACUGCUUUAAUUAGAGAAUAUGUUGCUAGUAGACAGACUUAAUAAGCAAGAAUAAAGUGUUAUUGACUUGUGUCUUCCUGGAAAAUGAGAAAAGCUGGCGUCCCUGAGUUCUGAAUAACAAUUUCAGACAGGUGGAACAAUUUUCAUGGCAACUGUGAUACGCAACAGGACUGAAACGUCUGCUUCCAAAUUACAACUAAAAUACCAAGAACACAUUAUCAGGAAUUCAAAGUAUUCUUCCAUUUGUCUGAUGUUCUGAGUCUGCAUCAGAAAACUAUAUUGUUCUUAAAAUGUUCAUAGACAAAAAUGAUAAUGCUAAAAAGUAGAUGUAUUGAAAAUUCCCCACUGAAUAAAACUUUAAGGGAAGCUUAAAGGGAUAUUCCGGUGUAAAUUUAAGUUAGGGUCAAACACACGGUAACUUUGAGUUAGACACCCCCUCGAGAGAUGAAUGUAGCCGACCGCUUGCUUCUCUAGUUAUACCAACCUCAGCAACAACCACACAAUAGCAAUACACAGUGGUCUCAACCAAAAAGCCACUCUAUAGCCACAAAUAAUGCUCAGAACAGCACCUAACUUCAUCAACAGUACAUAAAGGGUCCCAGCUAUAGUACUAGCCAUCAAACAUCUUUUUAGCUUUGCCUGAUUUCUUUAGCAAAGAGACCAAACACAACUCACCCACUCUCUUCCAGCAGCCGCUUGUUUGGGGGGGAGCCCUGACGAGUUGAUCACAGAGUGCAGCGGAGUUGCGCAGCUCAAGGAAGAACAUUUAUAAUUAUUAUUUCAUGGAAAUGCAAUCAGAGUUCUUGCAAGCAGUCAGCAACAUUCAUCGCUCGAGGAGGUGUCUCACUCGGUGUUACGGUGUGUUUGACCACAACUAAAAUUCAUGCCUGAAUAUCCCUGUAAGAAAGGGGAAGAUUUCCUCAAGUGUGUCAAACUGCCUGAACUUUAAAUAUCAUGUCACAAUGGCACGUAAAAUGAAGGGAAGUUGUAGAGUUGUCUGAGGAAAACAAAGAGAGGUCAUGUCUGUCACCAUUUUUUUUGUAGAUAAUAGUGAAAGAUCUACUUUGACUUGUUAUAGCUUAUCCUUAACCUUGUUUUGUUGUAUAAGGAAAACUUAAAAUGUCUCUUUCUUAUUCUACUUUUCAAACUAUUUGCAAGCAUAACUAAAAAAAACAAAAAACUAAAUCUAAAUGGAAACCCAGAGAUUUGUGAUUAUGCAGCCUUGUCUGAAUGCAAAAACCUCCUAUGUUAGAUUAAAGCAUAAGUCAUUCUCCACCACGCUAACACCACCACAAGCUACUUUGACUGCUUUUAUAACAGAGCCUACAAAGUAUGAGCAAUACAGGAAAAUUAUGGAGCAGCAGAAGAUAAAAAAAAUGCUUGAUGAGGUAAUUUAAACAAAGGAGAUUCAUCUUGGCUAGCUUCAAGCUUGUUUCAUCUAUAAUUUAGCACAAAGGGAAGGAAGUAAUAUACAAAUGUGAAGCAUUGAAGGUAGAAGAGGAGCCAAACUUAAUGCUCCAACUUUAAUGUUGGAGUGUAUUCAGUCACUGUAUCUUUGUAUGCUGCUCAGUGAGGCUGUCUUUGCUAGAAGAAACAUAAUGUAGAUUUAUUUUUCAGCUGCUGUCAUUAUACAAACAGAAAACAACAAUUCUUUCCGUAAGGUAGUUAAUGCUUUUAUCUCUACCUCUUCUCUGUGGCUUGCAAACAGUAUCACAGCUAUUUAAAAUCCAUGGUAGGGGAUUUUGACUUAACAUACAGCACUCCCCUCAAAAUACAUCAGCAUUGAUUGCAGUAGUAGUUUCCAGUCCCAUGAGAGCCCUAUUGUCUGGAACUCUAAAUACCGUAACAGGGGCAAACAGUGGAUGAAGUUUUGUUCCAACUACAUAAACACAAGAGAUAUAAAACAUUACUGAAAAGGGCUGUAUUAAUAACCAUGGUUGUGUUUAGAUAUUGAGCUAUUUGGGUUCCAAGCAAAGUAUCAGCACAUUUAUUUCCCACACACCAAAACACCAUCCCAAGAGUCAAGUGCAUUUUA